CCAUAGGAGGCUCUUGACUUGUUUACAUAGGAUGUGAGGAAAGACGAUAACUAGUAGACAUCGAGUCGAAAAUGGCUCUGUUGUCUAGUUUUACGUGUGCCAUAUACCUUCUGAUAUUACUGAUAAGUGACCUGAAUGUUCAAGGAGCUAUAAAUCAAAAUGUGAUGAAAGAACCGACAAUAACAGUAGUGUUGUUAGCCCGUAACAAGGAGCACACACUCCCAUACUUCCUGACUUUGUUUGAGAGAUUGGAGUACCCAAAGAAUCGGAUGUCGCUAUUUAUUCGUUCAGACCAUAAUCAAGACAAGACCAUCGACAUAUUGGAAGAUUGGUUGUUUAGCAAUAAACAUCGUUACCAUUCCGUCAAUGUUGUGCUUGACAAAACCACCCCCAGGCUAUACCCUUCUGAAGUCAAGCCUACCCAAUGGGGUGACGAUAGAUUCGACCAUUUAAUCAGCUUGAAGGAGGAAGCUUUAACUCUUGCUCGGAAUACGUGGUCAGAUUACAUAUGGUUCCUAGAUGUCGACGUCUUUCUCACAAAAAGUAAUAUUCUGUACCUUAUGAUAGGUGAGGAUAGGGCCAUCAUCUCUCCUAUGUUGAACUCUCUAGCAACCUAUAGUAAUUUCUGGGGAGGCAUGACUGAAGAUUAUUGGUACACACGAACAGACGAGUACAUCCCAAUUUUAGAUCGGAAGCAAACUGGCUGUCAUGCAGUACCCAUGGUUCAUUCAUGUGUGUUGGUAGAUCUGAGGCUGGUUGCAUCUGAUAAUCUUACUUUUUCUCCAAAGAAUUUAAGUUCGUAUGAAGGUCCCCAUGACGAUAUUAUUACUUUUGCCAUAUCUGCAAAAUUAGCUGGAUUAGAAAUGCAUGUGUUUAAUUAUGAGAAAUAUGGCUUCAUACCACCUCCAUUGGGAGAAAAUCAAAAUCUGGUUAUAGAUUAUAAACAGUUACAAAGUUUGAAACUUGAAGUGCUGGUGGAUCUUCCUCCACUGCAAGUUUCCGCACAGUUAGCAAAGUAUGUACCAGCAUUACCAACAAAGAACAAAGCUGGCUUUGAUGAAGUCUAUCUCAUCAGUUUGGCGAGGAGACCAGAGCGACGUGGAAGAAUGCUCCUUAGUUUUGAUGAGUUGGGUCUGAAUGUCAAGAUCUUCGAUGCUGUCGAUGGCAAAAAGCUGAAUGAAAGCUAUCUCAAAGAAAUGGGGGUAAAACAGAUGGAGAACUACAAAGAUCCUUGGUCACAGAGAGACAUGACAUAUGGAGAAAUUGGCUGUUUUCUGAGCCAUUACUACAUAUGGGUUGAUAUUGUGAAUAAUGGACAUAAGAAGGUAUUGUAUCUUACUUUAAUAUAG